AUGGAGAGGUGGAGAGCUCCAAUGUUAAAGCUCCUCAGGCGCUCUGUAUCCACCUCACCAGAGAGUUGGCCAUUCAGGGGAGGUCCUUCAGAAGAUGGGAAGUACACGGGGAUAAAUGCAGAGUGUUGUCCCGACGGAGAGGACGAGUUCUACAUCCAUUCAAUCUCGAGCACCAGUAUCAGCACAAAUUGUGAUUGGAACCCAUGGUACAAUUAA